AUGGAGGGGUGGGUUAUGGAGUCUAUCAGUACGUGCUCUAUGUCAGUAUUGAUAAAUGGUUCACCAUCCAAGCCGUUUAAGAUGGAAAGAGGCAUGCGACAAGGUGAUCUCCUGUCCCCAUUUUUGUUCGUACUUGUUGUUGAUGUCCUAAAUAGGAUGAUUGGAGAGGCGGUGAGAAACGGUCGCAUAUCGCCUUUGUUGGUUGGGCGAGAUCAUAUUGAGUUGUCGCAUCGCCAGUUUGCAGAUGAUACUAUUUUAUUCUGUCCCCCUGAGGAAGAGACCAUCAAGAAUUACAAGAGGCUGCUUCGUUGCUUUAAGCUGAUGUUAGGUUUAAGUAUUAACUUUGAUAAAUCAAGCUUGAUUCCUAUUAACUGUGGUGAGCAGUGGGUACAACGUAUGUGCAGUGUGUUGGGCUGUAAGCAAGCCACUCUUCCAGUUAAAUAUCUAGACAUCUUGUUAGGAGCAAACCCAAGGUUGGUUAAGACGUUGAAGCCAGUAAUAGACAAAGUGGAGGAAAAGCUUAGCCUCUGGAAGGCCAAGGUACUCAAUAAGACCGGUAAGUUGAAUAGGCUUCCGGUUUAUUAUUUGAGCUUGUACAAGAUGCCAAAGGCAGUCGCAGAGAAACUGAUUUCCUUUUAG